AUGACCCUAUCUCUGGCGCCGCAGUACGAAAUUCGCCUUCUUGGGCCAGAACAUGAGGAAUGGGCCCGGGCAAUUUGCACUCAUACAAAUAUAUUCCACUCCCCGUUCUGGUCGGUCGUCUAUCCCGAGAACAAGACCCAGCGAGCCUAUCACACUUUCCGGACUUCGUACUAUUUAAUAAAACACCAGAUUGACUCAGGGAAGUCACUUGGUAUCUUCGACAAAGAAUACCAAUACAAGCGACCCGAGUCUGCAGUCACGGGGGGCAAGCUGUACUGGAAUCUGGACGAUGAAAGUGCAACGGAAAGCGACCUUGCGGAGCAGAUGGACUUCCCACUAGUCUCAAUUGCCAUGGCUUACGAUGGCAUCGACGAUCUAGACAUGGUUCAGAUAAAGCCUCUGAUAGCAACACUGCCCAUGUUCGAAACACUAUACCACGCCCUCGAGGGGCGAGACCAGCGGGAUCCUGCAUCGUGGAGGCCUACUGGUCGCGGACAGGUACUGAUGCGCAACGCUACCAACACCGUCCAAUCUUGUUCCGGCCGUGGGCUUAUGAGGAUGUUGGCGGAAGAAAUGAUGAGACGCUCGGCGACUGAAGGGUUCCGGGGUAUCCAAAUCGAGAGUGUUUCCAAGGUUGUGGAAAAGGUGUGGUCGAAACCACCGGCGAAUGUGAAUAUUUCCAAAAUCUUCGUCAACCUCCGGGCUUGA